AUGUUGUUCAAUAAGCCGGAAAGGGACACACACCACACCUCACCUCUCGAGAAAAGAAGUAGACAUAGAAGAACCAUAAGAAAAAGGAAGAGAAAAAAAGAAGAAAGGGAAAAUGGAAUCUUCUACCUCAUCCUCCGCCCUUCUCCUCCAUGGCCUCGCUUGUGCUUCUCCCUCGAAGGCGCGACCUUUCUUCGUUUUUCCCCCGUCAGCCCGUCCUCCCCACUCUCGACCUCCAUCUCCAUCAACGCCUCCUCUCCACGGCGGCUCUUGCCCCAUGCUCCUCGCGCUGCCGGCCGCGGCAGUGACAAGGACAACCGCGUGCAGGAGCUGAGGGUGCCUGAUUCUUGGCUCACGCCCACAGGAGCAGCACAGGAAUCCGAAUGGCUGAGGGGAACGCUGCACAAGUGGCUGGACGAUGAGUACUGCCCAGAGCCGGCCAACGUGGACAUCAGCAACACCGCCGCAAGGUCGUACCACGAGUCCCUGACGGCGAAGCAAUCUGACGUGGGAGAGAUCCUGAUGAAGAUGGUCGGGGAUCUGCAGGAGCUGUCGUACCAGGAGAGCUUCCACGGGGCCUUCUCCGCCGCCAACGCCGCGGUGCGUUUGAUAACGCAGAGGAUGGAGCCGUCAGCCGGUGAGUGA